AUGACCGCCACACAUCUAGAAGAACCGACCCCGCCGGUCUCAAUUCUACCAUCGCCAAUGCAGACAGCCGUAGCACCACCAGACGACCCGAAAUCACCAUCUGUGGAUUCCAGCUUCUCGGACGCGUACAAAGAGCAGUCUGAAGGCACGGAGGAAAAGCCAGCAGACAACGUCGACCAAGAAACGGAUGUCAGCGAUGACUAUGCCAUGGCAGUUGACUCUGAUGGGGACGAGCAAGCAGAUAGUCAGGGUAUAUCACAGGCAAAAUUUGAGUCAGACACGAAGUCUUUGCCUGCUACCGUAUCAGACCACACUUUACCUUCCUCUAUUCUUUCACACGAUCCUCCUGCCACCGACCUAGCUCAGCCUGGCCAAGGCACCCAGCCCACCCCUACCAAUUCAAGUCCUACCCACCCAACUGUCGAUGAUACUGCAAACAUCGAUCAUUUCGACGCAGUUGCAGCUCAGACUUCAAUUGAGGAGACGAAACUCGAAUCCCACACAUAUGACGAUGCCACAAAUGGUGGGAUAGAUAUCCAACAGUUACUGGACAACAUCACUGCCAAUGCCGAGAAGAAUGAAUCGAAUUCUCCCGCCACCACUCCUUCUACCCAGUCUUCUAAGAUAACCCUUGCCAAAGGCAGCUCUGGCCUUCCCACCCAUGCCAGUCUUCCACCACGCCCAAACAUCCCCCAAAAGCGUCCUUAUCCCGAUGAUAUCCAGAAGUACCACGCAGGAGCUCCAGGUGUCCCUCAACCCUCUGUAUCUUAUAGACUGCCCGGCGGUGUCACGGCUCUCAUUGCUGCUGGUGCCCCAGGUACGUCUACUGAUCCUAGAGGUGGGUUACCCCCUCCUCCAAGUGCCUCCUUCCGUCCAGCCCAUAUGUCCACUGGAAGUCCUGUUAGCCCAGCUUCAUAUACGCAGAUCAAUAGAUCAGCUGGCCUAGACCGCCAAGCUACUUCUAUUGAAUCUCAGGAUGAAGCUGAUGAAGCUGAUGCAAAAUGGGGUCCGGAUGUUCAAAAAAUCUACGACGAGUUCCUUGCCGAUGAGCGAAUGUAUGUCCAGGAAGGGCUGUGGGACAGAUUUCCACUGAAUUCUCGUUUGUUCAUUGGCAAUCUCCCAAGCGAGAAGGUAACAAAACGAGACCUAUUUCAUGUAUUUCACAAAUACGGCAAGAUUGCACAGGUAUCAAUCAAGCAAGCAUACGGAUUCAUUCAAUUCCAUACCAGUGCUGCCUGUUACGCAGCUUUGGAACGUGAGCAAGGGGCAGAAGUGAGAGGACGAAAAAUGCAUCUUGAAAUUUCGAAGCCACAAAAGAACACUCGUAACGCACAGGCAGCAAACCAAGGACGAAGAUCGCGAUCUCCCGAUUUUGCCCGAGGAGGCGGUUCUGAUCGCGGUGGCCGGGGUCGAAACUCUGCUGUUGAUCGAUACGAUGGACGUGCUGCACCGACCUACCGCUCCGACGAGUAUGGACGGCCUAUUCGAGUUCGUGAUGAUUAUCGGCCAGUAAGAUCGCCAACACCUCCUCGAGGAAACUUCCGAGGUCGUGAUGAGUACUUUCCUCGUGGUCGAGACUCCUACGAGAGCCGUGACAGGCGUCGAAGUCGAUCCCCAUAUGGUCGCAGAGAUGAUGGAAGAUAUCGGGAAAGAAGUCUCAGUCCUCGAGGGCGUGAGGCCGUUGAGGAUGCAGACCUCCAGAUUCCUCGUCGAGACCCUAGAGAUGUCCCGGAUGUUCAGAUCCUUCUCAUGGAACAAUUGGAUCGAGACUUUGUUUCUUGGGUUGAAGGUGAGAUGCGGGGUCGUGGUAUUAAGGUAGAGGUCAUGUUUCUUAACCCUCGACUUCCCCUCCAAGCUGUUAUUCGCAGACAGAUCCUGGAAGGUGUUCAUGCUGUAUCAAAACUUGAUAUGAGAUGCCAGCAGUCCGCCAAGACUCCAUUGCAAGUCUUCGAUCGCCAAGGUGGAGCCAACAAUGUUCGAUUCGACGAGUACCAAGAUCUGGAUCCGAAGAUCGCUGCAGAACUCGUUCUUCGAGCCAAGCAGACCCAAACUCCUCCCCCAGUCCAAAAUCCUCAAUAUGCUCAACCUCAAUUCGCUGCAGGUCAAACGUACCAACCACCUGCUGCUGCACCCCCUGCCGCCAACCUAGCCAGCCUUGUUGGUCAAAUGGAUAAUGCUACGCUGCAGAAGCUUCUAGGCUCUUAUCAGCUUCCGCGGCAGCAACAGAAUGCUCCAGCGGUUGCUGCGAAUCAAGCAAUCGAUCUUGCUGGUCUUCUUGGAGGCCUGAAACCGCAACCAUCUCAGCAAAACUAUCAGCAACCUCAAUCUGCCCCCGAUCCUUAUGCCAACCUUGCCAGCAACCCAGCACUUGCGGCAUUGCUCCAAAACGCAGCACCUCCUCAGCCAGCCCAAACACAGCCUCAACAAUCUGAUCAGCAGGUACAGAACAUCAUGGCUUCACUUGCUCGUUUUAGGCGAUGA